AUGUAGUAUACAACAAUUAGCAAAUGCAAAUUGAUAUCACCUUAGACAGAACAUGAGAUAAACUCUAAGGGAUUAGAUAAUUCAAUUUCAGAAAUGAGUCCUAUGAAGGUAGAAAAUUCUAAUCCAGGUAUUUCAACAACUUAGCAAUUGGUUUCUGCAUAAAAAUUUAGUAGGACAACAAUGAGAAUCAAUUCAAUUCCACUUGAAUCAUUAUAACCACCAGAUUUACCAGAAUCUGAAGGAAUAUUAUCAAUUGAUAAAUAAAGAGAACACUAAGCUAUACUGAUAUAAAAGAAAUCACCAUUUGCUAAAUUGAUUAUUAAUUGUCAUUCAUUAAAGUUUGCUAACAAAAUGAUUAGCUUUAUAAGACCAGAUUGUAAAUUUUCUCAAAAAUAACAUGAAAUAUUAAAUGAUUAAGCAAGUUCAUACAUGUAAUAGAAAGGAAAGAUAAGUGGUAAUUUUCUACAAUAAAAUUUGAAUACAAUAGAUUUAUAGAUAAGACUUAAAUUAAGAACAUGGAAAAAUGGUAUAGUAAAUAAAUUAUCUGGAUGCUUUUCUCAAUUAUAUAAUUAUAUUCCAUUAAUAGAACCAAAUAAUAUUAUGAAAUUAAUCUGGGAUUUUUUGCUUUGUUUAAUUCGUAUUUAUUUGAUAAUCUGGUCACCUAUCAUUAUAUCAUUUCCAUUUUUGUAGAAUGAUCAUUCAAAUUAUUUUUUAAUUAGUUGUGUAUUUCUUGCAUUUGAUUUAUUGAUAAGAAACUUUACUAUAUAUUUUCAUAAAGGAUUACCAGUUAAAGAUAGAUCUUAAUUAUUUAAAAAACAACUUAAUAUUGGUUUAGGAAUAGAAUUAGGCAGUAUUUUAUUUGGUAUCCUUGUAUCUUUAGAUUAUUAAUUAAGUACAUGGUUUUUUAUGUUAUUUUAUUAUUAAUUGAGAAAUAUAAUGAAAUUAGUUGAUAUUAUUCAAUAUAAUUUAAAACCCACAAAAAUGGUAAGUUCUGUAAUAGAUUUAUUCAAAUUAAUAGCAACAGUAUUAUUAAUAUAACAUUUUUGUGGUUGUUUAUGGUAUAAAAAUUAAUUAAAUAUUUCCUUAGGUUAAAAUUAGGAUAGUAUUAUGAUAAUUAAGGUAAAAUGAAUUGGAUGAUGGAUGUAAAAAAUGAAAGUUGGUAAGUAUAAUUUCUUGAAUCAUUUUAUUUUAUGAGUGUAACUAUGUUUACUGUAGGAUAUGGAGAUAUCACACCUACAAGUAUAUAUAUAUAUCUAUAUAAUUAUUAGAUUCACUUGAAAAGAUGUUUUGUAUUUGUUAUAUGUUUUUAUCCACUUUACAAUAUUCUUAUUCUGUCAAUACUAUUGGAUUAAUACUUACUCAAAUGAAAGAAAAUAAUGAAAUGAUUAGAUAAAAGAUGACUUGCAUUAAUGAAUAUUUGCAUUGUAAAAAAUUAAGUACUGAACUUUCAAUGAAGGUAAGAGAAUAUUUUAAUUUUUAUUGGAAUUAAGAAAUUAUUUAAAAAAAAAAUGAAUAAAUAAGACUUAUAACAUUAUUACCUGAAGAUUUACAAUUAAAAUUAAAGUUAGAAUCAGCUUCUUCUUUAAUUAUUAAAUGUCCAUAUUUUUCAUAGUUUCCUAAACCUGCUUUAGAAUGUUUACUUUAAAGUACUGAAUUUAAUGUCUUUUAACCAGGAGUUCAUAUAAAUCCAUAGGAAUAUAUUUAUAUAAUAGAAAAUGGAAAGAUUGAAGUAAUGCAAGAUAAGGUUUGAUUAUAAAUAUUUUAGAUUGUAAUUGACACAUUAAAAGAGAAUUAAUUUUUUGGUUUACAAGAACUCUUUACUUAAAGUGACAAAAUAAAUUAUAAAUCUGCUGAUUUCUCGAGUCUAUUAAUGAUACCUCGUUCUGAAGUUCUAAAAGUAAUUAACAAUUUCCAAUUACAAAUCAUACCUGAAAAAUUUUGUUAUAUCUGUCAUGAUAAAAGACAUUUUACUAAUUAAUGUAAUGUUGUUCAUUAUAUACCUGAUAUCGAGAAGGUCAUAAUGAGAUAUCAUUUUAACAAUAUUUAAGGAAGACGCAAAUUAAAAAAUACAAAAAAAAAUAAAACAAGAUUUUCUGCAUUAAAUGAAUAAAUAUUGAUAUAAGAUAGUGCUAAAAUAUAUUAAUUAGAAAAUGAUAUAGUUCCUGAAAAUGAAAUACAAGAAUAAUAAAGUUAAGGAUUAAGUAUUCAUUAAAAUGGACAACCUAAAAUUAAUGUUGUUACUUUUGAAGAUUAACAUGCAUAAUUAAAUCCUCCAGAAUGGUUAGUUGAAACUUCAUUUAAUCCUGCUAAAUUUAUGCAAAGAACUAGCAUAUUAUAAUAAACUUAGAUUUUAGAUAGUUUUAAAAAUAAAAGAGAAAAAAAACUUUUAUUAUCUGGAACAACCAAUAAAUAAAGUGAUUAAACAGUUCUUUCUGAAAAACCAGGAGAUUGUUAAGAAACAUUAAAUAAAUUAUAAUAUAUUCUACCUAAAUUGUCAAAUUAUGAAUAUGAGAAGUGUUUCUUUCUUAUUAAAAAGCUUGAAGGAGAAUUAGGCUUAACUGAAAUAACAGGAUUUGAAUAACUUAAAGAAUAUGAUAAAUUUGAUAGGGAAUGGAAUAUUGAUAGAGUUAUCACUAAAUUGAUGAGGCCUAUAAGAAAAAAUAACACAGAAUUAUUAAAUUAGUUAUUAAAUAAGUAUUCAAAAUAUCUAUUAUUUCCAUAUGAAUUUAUACGUCUAUUUAAAAAUUCCUUAAUUGAAGAAGAAGAUGUUAAAUAAAAUAAAUCAUAUUUAGAAUAAGUUAGACAUAGUGUAAGACACUUUUUAAAAAGAAAGGCUACAACAGUAUUUCCAAUUAAAUGA